AUGGAACCAAGAUUUUAUGAGAUACCCAGAAAAACGCCAACUCAUGAAACACUCAAAAAAGGUGUACCAGGAAAGCAGAAAAAAAAGCCGUUAAAGUUUUCUGAUGAAGGAGGAGCGCAGCUUGAAACAGAAAUUUUUGGCUUAUUUUUAGUGAAAAUAACCGAACCUCAGAUGCAUUUUUUGAAUGACCUCACAAAUUGGAAUUAA